UCGGCGUCCCGGAACCGGCCUUAGAACAGCAGUGGUGCCUAAGGACGCUUGCCCUCCCGCCCCAUGGAGGGGCCCCCGGGCCUGCGGUCCGGCGCGGGCGGGCCCUGGGUGAUGCAGGAGCGGCUGGGCACCGGCGGCUUCGGGAACGUCUGCCUGUACCAGCAUCGGGAGCUUCAUCAUAAGAUAGCAAUUAAGUCUUGUCGCCUAGAGCUAAGUACCAAAAACAGAGAACGGUGGUGCCAUGAAAUCCAGAUCAUGAAGAAGUUGAACCAUACCAAUGUUGUAAAGGCCUGUGAUGUUCCUGAGGAACUCAAUGUUUUGAUUAAUGAUGUGCCUCUUCUAGCAAUGGAAUACUGUUCUGGAGGAGAUCUUCGGAAGCUACUCAACAAACCAGAAAAUUGCUGUGGACUUAAAGAAAGCCAGAUACUGUCUUUACUUAGUGAUAUAGGGUCUGGGAUUCGAUAUUUGCAUGAAAACAAAAUUAUACAUCGUGACCUAAAACCUGAAAACAUAGUUCUUCAGGAUGUUGGUGGGAAGAUAUUGCAUAAAAUAAUUGAUUUGGGAUAUGCCAAAGACGUUGAUCAAGGAAGUUUGUGUACAUCUUUUGUGGGAACACUGCAGUAUCUGGCCCCAGAGCUUUUUGAGAAUAAGCCUUACACAGCCACUGUUGAUUAUUGGAGCUUUGGGACCAUGGUGUUUGAAUGUAUUGCUGGAUAUAGGCCUUUUUUGCAUCAUCUGCAGCCAUUUACCUGGCAUGAGAAGAUUAAGAAGAAGGAUCCAAAGUGUAUAUUUGCGUGUGAAGAGAUGACUGGAGAAGUUCGGUUCAGUAGCCAUUUACCUCAGCCAAAUAGCCUUUGUAGUUUAAUAGUAGAAUCCAUGGAGAAUUGGCUGCAGUUGAUGCUGAAUUGGGAUCCUCAGCAGAGAGGGGGACCUGUUGAUCUUGUUUCAAAGCAGCCAAGAUGUUUCAUAUUAAUGGAUCACAUUCUGAAUUUGAAGAUAGUACACAUCCUAAAUAUGACUUCUGCAAAGAUAAUUUCUUUUUUGUUGCCACCUGAUGAAAGUCUUCAUUCACUACAGUCUCGUAUUGAGCGUGAAACUGGGAUAAAUACUGGUUCUCAAGAGCUUCUUUCAGAGACGGGAAUUUCUCUGGACCCUCGGAAACCAGCCUCUCAAUGUGUUCUAGAUGGAGUUAGAGGCUGUGAUAGCUAUAUGGUUUAUUUGUUUGAUAAAAGUAAGACUGUAUAUGAAGGUCCAUUUGCUUCCAGAAGUUUAUCUGACUGUGUAAAUUAUAUUGUACAGGACAGCAAAAUACAGUUACCAAUUAUACAACUGCGGAAAGUAUGGGCUGAAGCAGUGCAUUAUGUAUCUGGGCUAAAAGAAGACUACAGCAGACUCUUUCAGGGACAAAGAGCAGCAAUGUUAAGUCUUCUUAGAUAUAAUGCUAACUUGACAAAAAUGAAGAACACUUUGAUCUCAGCAUCUCAGCAACUGAAAGCUAAAUUGGAGUUUUUUCACAAAAGUAUUCAGCUGGACUUGGAGAGAUACAGUGAGCAGAUGACAUAUGGGAUAUCCUCAGAAAAAAUGUUAAAAGCAUGGAAAGAAAUGGAAGAAAAGGCCAUCCACUAUGCUGAGGUUGGUGUCAUUGGAUACCUGGAGGAUCAGAUCAUGUCCCUGCACACUGAAAUCAUGGAGCUACAGAAGAGCCCCUAUGGAAGACGCCAGGGAGACUUGAUGGAAUCUCUGGAGCAGCGUGCCAUCGAUCUAUAUAAGCAGUUAAAGCAUAGACCUUCAGAUCACUCCUACAGCGACAGCACGGAGAUGGUGAAGAUCAUUGUGCACACUGUGCAGAGUCAGGACCGUGUUCUCAAGGAGCUGUUUGGUCAUCUGAGCAAGUUAUUAGGCUGUAAGCAGAAGAUUAUCGAUCUACUCCCCAAGGUGGAAGUGGCCCUCAGUAACAUCAAAGAAGCCGACAAUACGGUCAUGUUUAUGCAGGGAAAGAGGCAGAAAGAAAUAUGGCAUCUCCUUAAAAUUGCCUGUACACAGAGUUCUGCCCGGUCUCUUGUAGGAUCCAGUCUAGAAGGUGCAGUAACCCCGCAGGCAUCAGCAUGGCUGCCCCCAACUUCAGCAGAACGUGAACAUCCUCUGUCAUGCGUGGUAACUCCUCAAGAUGGAGUCUUGACUGGAGUUGGUUAGCAGAAUGACUUGCCACUUGUUUACUGCCCCAAACCUACAGAAGUUGUCUCUGCACGUGUUGGAAUUAGUUUUUACCCCAUGAAACUAUUCUUCAGACACCAGUCAAUGGAAGAAAUGGCUGUGAUAAGAAGCUAUUCAUGAUUUUACAAGCACAAUGUUUUGGUUUUGAGUAAUUUUAACCUCUGAACAGAUAAGGUUUCAUAAAAAGUCAGUGGGUUUAUUUAAAUAACUAGAACUACUUAAGAGUAUCAUUGUGAUCCAGUUGUCUUCAAACUUGGUAUAAAGAUUACUUAUUUUAAAAUAGCUUUUAAAGUUUUAACUUAUGGGCACUUAAGGCCAAAAGUGGUUGUGUAUACAGAGAGGAGAACCUCUGUAUGCAUUGUAAGUAAGAGUUUGCCUGUGUUUCUGUGGAGGAGACUGCUCGUAAGUAAAAUUGGACUUCUUGGAGAAUAAAUUCUACCUCCUUGUGUUGCACUCAACAAGUGUUCUUCCUGGCAUCAGAAGGAGUUGGCUUAAUCCCAUUUUCAAUUUUACUGCACAUUUGGCAGUGUUCCUUUCCUACAGUAAGGAUUCUGCAUCUGUGCCUUUAAUACCAGCUGGCUUGUAAAUUGUGUUAAGAAGUGUGCUAUGUGUGUAUAUGUAUUUAAGAUGUACAUUUAAUAAUGUCAGAGAAGACACCUGUUAAUUUAUAAUGAAUUUGAAAGCUUAUCUGUUUUUUCAUUUGUAAAAAUGGGUCAUUUGUUUAAAGAAUCUUUCAUGUCAUGUCAUACAAGUUUAUAAAGGUCUACACUUCUUUAUCUGUAAUUCCAAAAUCCAAAAAGCUUUGAAAACUAAAGGUUUUUCCUAAGCUUUUUGACACCUCAUUUGCUUGCAAAUCUAAUCUGAACUGACAUUGAAUCUUAUUAUCCCAUUUAGUGUGAAUAUUCAUUUAUUUUGCUGCAGAAAUAUUAAUGUUUUUGAUUAUUAGGGGUGCUGCCUCAGACCCUGCUGGGGGGUUAUGUAGUAUACGGUGUGGUAUGGUAUGCUAUGGUAUAUGCACUGAAUUACCUUUCUAAAACCUGAAAAUUUCAGAAUUCUGAAACAUCUGGCCUGAAGGGUUUCAGAUAAAGGACUGUAGAUCUCUACAUCUGUUAAGUAAUUUAGAAGGUAUUGUUUAAAAAAAAAUGUGAAAUGCUUUUGUAUUCUAGACAGUUUUUCACUUUGUGUAUUAAAUAAUUUUUAAAUUACUUUUUGAAUCUCCAUUCAUUAAAAUUCAGUUAUAAUAGAACUGUUGAAUAUGAUUUGGGAAAUGUGAAGGUUUAAUGAACUGGAAUCAGAGCACAGAAUAACAUAUUGACUCUCACUGUAAUUUUCUUAGGAAUUAAACAGGGCUUAUGGAAAAAAAUAGUAUUGGGUAGCUGCUUUAAUAUGGUCUUUUCCCCUCAGAUGUCCUUUCACCUCUAUCCAUGUCUAAAAACCAUGCCCAUAUCUUGCCCUAAAACUGAUUUAUCUUCACACCACCCUUGUUUUUGCUAGUGGUGACAUUUUUCUCAGUCACCCAAGUUUGAAACCUUGGGGUUGGUUGUGUUCUUCUCAUAUCCUUUUAGUCAUCAGGUUCCACUGUCUCUCUAAAGAUGGAAAUUCUGUCCCGAUCAACUGUUAGUACUAGGUAGUCUCUCUCUUGCUUCCCUAGUUCUAGAAGAUUUUAAUCAAUAAACAUUUAUUCAGUGCCUGUUGCUUGGAAGACACUGAGCUAGAUG